CGAACCUCAGAGGUGCCUGGCGUCUGGGAGAACCAAGAGCACUAGGAGGAUCCUGGGGAAUGGUGGGAAGAGAAAUGCUGGCCCUGUACCUGCUCAGCCCUGGACUGCUAUGGAUUUCAGGCUGGCAUGUGGAGGCUGGCAUGAAGCUGGGCAAGUUCGGCCAGCUGCCCUGCAUCUUAGAGGUGCCCCCAGAUCCCUCCAAGACCCUCGAUGGAGAGCCGCGUUCUCAGUGGCAGCAGAUCCAGCUGGUUCUGAGUCGUUCUGAGAGCCAGACCCUGCGCCACCAGGCUAACAGUGACACCUUCCUGUUGCGAGACGAGGCAGGGGUCCUUCUCCCUCAUGUGGAUGAGGAUGUGGAUAAGCUGGAGUGCAGAGUAAGCCACUACUUCACCGCCAACACACAGAUCUUGUGGCCAGGCCUCCCUCGGCACCAGGCCCAGUUGCCCACCUGGUACAGCGUGACUAUCAGCCACACAGACAACAAGUUCAAAAUCACCACCUUCUGCUUCCAACCUGUCGACCCUGCCCAGGGCCCUGGGCCAGCACUCCUGUCAGGAGUGUUCUCCCUUUACACGAAGGCCUCUGAAGUCCAGGUGAAGCUGCAAGGGACCAUCCUCCUCACCUGUGGAUUCGCCGUGGACCACACCCCAGAGGCUGCAGAUGUGACAUGGACGUUUCGGCAGAAGGGGGGAUGGCAUCGAGAGGUGCUGAAGUAUGCUGGGAAACAGGGACAGGUGACCCACCUGCACGAGCAGGCUGAGGCCUUCCCCAGCGAGAUCCCUCGUGGCAACGCCUCCAUUCGGCUCACCAAUAUGUCGGUCAAGGACCAGGGCACCUACUUCUGCUCUGUGAGCAUGGCUGGGCUCCUUGGGCAGCUCAGCAUCGAUGUGGCUGUUGUGGAGGCUCCCAAAGUGACGCUCAGCCCCAAGACCCCAGUUCUGACCUUGGAGGAAGGGGAGGAGCAGAAGCUGGAGUGCGAGGUCAACCGCUACUUCCCACUAGAAGCCCAUGUCCAAUGGCUGCGCGAGCCUGUGGAAGGACGCAUGAUCCCAGAGGUGGUGAGAAAUGUCAUCUUCAGCAAUCACCGUCAGAGCGGCGACGAAACCUACAGCUUCUCCAGCUACUUUCUACUGACGGCCUCACGCCUGGAUGACGGUGUACGCUACACCUGCCGAGUGGAACACGCGGGCCUAAAGAUCCCCAUCAGGAAAAGCAUCACCAUCUACGUGACGGAAAGGCCUGGGAAUGCAGGGUGGCUUCUCCUAUUCAUCUUUGCAAUCCUGAUGACAGGUCUGCUUGCAUAUCUUUUGAAGUACCUGCACCAAGUGAGAAGUAUGGACAAGAGAAAGCCUUACUAGGAAUUCAAAGCAGAUGCCGAGAAAAGGAGAGAGACCUUUGGAAGUCAGUGGCUGAGAGCCACCCAGUGCCAUAUAACUAACAAGGUCUUAGAACUUGGGCUAGAGAGAUCCUAAAGACAGGUUCCAGCCCCAUCUCUGCUAUUGUGUGACAACAGGCUAGUCACUAGACCGUUGUGAGCCAGGUUCCACAUUUAUAAAAUGAGAAUAAUAAGAUCUAUGGUAUGCAUACCUCA